AUGGAAUUACCGAAAUAUCCAGCUCCUUUCGUUUCAAGCCCUAUCACUUCUCCCCGUUCACGCAGCAACACGAAGCUCGUUGACGAUAUCACUAGUCUUACAUCUUUCAAUCCAUUUGCCGAGGAGGACGAAAACGAUCAAUCUUCUUACGCGCUUGUCUCUUCUCUCUUUUCCAAGGUCAAGAACUCCUUAGCGGGACCUCUUGCGUCCGUAGGAGCUGGCACCACUUCUGCCUCCAACGUCAACCCACCCUCGAGUUCAGCGGAUCAAAGGCGUCCGUCAACGUCUGAAAGCAAGACCGCGCCUAGUAUAUCCCAGUCUCGACCCUUGGCUGAACGUCCGACAUCGCUACAAGUGUCAGCAUCGAAAACAGCCGCCCCGAUGGUUUCUCUGACACCAGUCGUUUCCGAUGCUCCAUCGUUAAAUGCAGAGCAUGACCGUCCCUCCUCUCGAAGCGCACAACUCUAUUCUCCGUCAUACGACCCUCUUGACGGUGGCGCGUACGGCACAUCCAUACCCGGCUUUCCGAUAGCAGAUGAUGCCCGCAGUGUACGGACAACGAUGAGCAGCAAGCCGCCAGUUUCUAUCUCCAAAGCCAUCCGCAGGAUUAGGGGAGAAGGUCUUUCGCGUGAUUAUUGGAUGGACGACGAUAAUGCAAAGGAAUGCUAUGAUUGCAAGACCACGUUCACGGCAUGGCGUCGGAAACACCAUUGUCGUAUAUGCGGCCAGAUAUUUUGUGCCCGAUGCGCAUCCAACAUCAUGAACGGUGGCCGCUUUGGUCAUGACGGAAUGAUUCGCGUGUGCAAUCUCUGUCUCGAACAGGCCUCGAAGACGGACGACGAUGACGAUGACGACAGACGCUCGAUUGUUUCUAGCGCGACUUCCCCUUUCCCGCCCCACCAACUAGGACACCCCCAUUCCCCAUUUUCGGCCUUCAAUGUCUUCGGCCGGAAGGAUGACAACUUCAACCUCUUCUCUAUCGCCGAACGGCGAUGGCCGAUCCCGGAGGACGGGAAUGGAUCAGUGUAUACGCCACGGAAUACCGAAGAAGAUGACCAAAUGUGGGAAGCAGCUAGAGGGAAUAUCGCGCCAUUCCGCCGUGCACAGAUGGAUGACGACAAGGAUUCCGGAGCAUCAUCACCCCAUCUUGACGCCCGAGAUAUAUCACCCUCGCCGAACUCGAACGCACCAAUUGAAUUCCCGGCUUCGCUGUCUGUGCGGACGGACGGCUUGAGCACCAUACAAUUCCCCACUGGCGUUGCUGACCAGGCAUAUCCGAUUGAUAGUCCUGGCCCACACAAUAUGUCUCGAUCGCGCCUCAGUUCCUUCAAUGCGGAGCAUGACUCUUCGACGCCAUUCAUACGCAGCCGUGUGCAGAGCAGGCUUAGUUAUGAUUCCAACCUGAUGACUGAAUAUGGCUGGCGUACCAGAAGAGAAAGUACAGCUUAUGCGCAGGAGCUCAACCUCAUCUCCAUGUUUCAUUUGCGUAUCAUGCUUCAGCAGAUGCUCAAGACGGAGAAUAUACCUAACCCGACGGAAUGGGAAGACGUACUGAUGAAGCUGGCGCUUCGCAUCGCUCGCGAGAUGACGUUCACUGCCCUUCCGCAGCGGCAAGGAGCUGAGAUGGACGUGCGUCGAUAUGUCAAAAUCAAGAAAAUUCCCGGUGGCUCUCCGUCCAAUUCGGAGUACGUCGAUGGUGCGGUGAUAACCAAGAACGUCGCUCAUAAGCAAAUGCUGCGAAAUCUACGGAACCCACGCGUGAUGCUCGUUACCUUUCCUCUCGAGUUCCAUCGCGUGGAAGGCCAGUACAUGCACUUCGGCCAGAUCGUUCGCCAGGAAAAAGAAUAUCUCGGUAAUUUGGCAACGCGCAUCGCGGCAUUGCGUCCCCAUGUGAUCCUCGUGCAGAAGUCGGUUUCUCGCCUCGCGUUGGAUCAAUUGGCAAAGCAUAAUAUCGCAGUUGCGAGAUCGGUCAAAGAGUCCGCAAUAACCUUCAUCUCCCGGAUGACUCAGGGGGAUAUCUUUUCCUCGAUGGACAAGCUUGUUGUCGAGUCACGCCUAGGCCACUGCCAGCACUUCCGGAUCCAGACAUUUGACCAUCCCUUGAUUCCUGGUCGUCGGAAGACGUACUUGCGUUUCGAAGGAUGCAACCCUGAUAUGGGAUGCACCAUUCUUCUACGAGGUGGGGAUAUUGAAACAUUGCGACGCGUGAAGAAGGUAACACGAUUCCUCGUGUUCACUGUCCGAAAUCUCAAGUUGGAAACCCAUUUAUGGAAAGACUCCGUGAUCGCUCUUCCGAACCUCACCAAUGAUGCUGCGCCAGCGCCAUACAGUUCCCAGGUCCUGACUUCAUCCGAGGCCGUCGCUGGAACAACAGAGCAGAACCUAUCGGAACCAUCUGACGAUGAUGAUCUACCGACCGAGGACGCCAAACAGCUCCGUGUUUCUCGGAGAAUCCAGGAUUCACUUGACCCCUACCUAAAGACCUUUAUCUCAGUAUCUGCGACCCUACGAUUCCCUCCGCCAUACCCCAUUCGCCGGAUGAAGGAACUUGAUGAGCAACUGAUGCGCGACAAGCGGGCAUGGGAAGAUGAGGUUAUUUCCCGUGAAGAGAAAUCGCAAGUUAGGGGAGACCCAGGUUCCAUUGCGCAACCUACCCUCGUUACGCCGGACGAGACGGAUAAGGAUGAUAUUAGAGCGAUGAUCGAGUCUUUGCCCGCCCCCGACAUCCCGAGGACUCCUGCCUCCGAGUCUCAGGUGUCCACGCGACAAGAGUUGGGCUACUUUGAUCAGGAACCUGUCCAUGUCGCAGGUUCAGUCCCGUCAUCGCCAUUACCUUCAGCACUUUCUUCGGACCAUCAAAUGGUACUUCUCAAGACGUCGAGGGACAUUGCUCUGGAGAGUCGACUCAGCCAUGUUCAAUGGCAACAUGAGGAGCAGCGUCGUAUCUGGGAGUGGUAUCUCCGGAAAAACAAGGAUGACCUUAACGUGGAGAAGUAUCAAAACAUCGCCCUGUGGGAAAUGAAGUUGCCUAUCAAUGAAUACGGACAUCGACGACCAUGCUUCCCGCCGCAGAUGAAAUACAUGACAUUCUAUGGAGAAAACGACUGCACCCUUGGACGGUUCAUAGAGAAGUCUGUUCACGAAACACUUGUUCAUUUCCUGGACCCAAAGGCUAUUUGUUCAGGCAAGGGGUGUAACCAGCCUAUUGCACGGCAUUGCACUGUCUACGUCCAUCACGAAGCUCAGAUACUGGUAGCGGUGGAACAGUGGGAUGGCCAAAUCAACGGAAGGGCCUAUCAUCCGUUAGCGCCGGAAUUAAUCACCACCUGGAGUCUUUGCCGUGUUUGCGGCUCUGUGACGCCCUUCAUACCCGUUUCGGAGGAAAUGCAACGAUAUUCGAUGGCGAAGUUCCUCGAACUUCACUUCUAUCCGGCGGAUGUUGAACUUGUUCAAGGCGCGGGAUGUCAUCACAACAUCUACACUCAUCACAUCCGAUACUUCGCUUACCGUGGUAUGACAAUCCGUUUCCAGACGGACCCGAUUGUCCUUCAUGAAGUGGUCUAUCCACCGAUGCGCAUACGCGUCCGCCCGGAGACCCUCUUGGAGUUGAAGAACGCCGACUAUCAACGUUUACUAAGUAGGAAUGAAUUAUGGUAUGCGGCCUUAAUCGGGGAUCUGAAGAAUAUCAAGAUCGAUGCCGCCACCGGGGACGAAGAAUAUGAUUCCGGAGUAGCUAGCCAAGUGAAUAUUCUAAUCAACAGGGCCAAGUCCGAGAGAGAAGAGAUCGCGAAGCUGUUGAAACGGCUUUAUGACGAGUCAGACCCUACGGAUACUUUGGCUUUAAACCAAGCCCGUGCAUACCGGCAAGACAAGAUCGUAGCCUGGCAGCAGGACUUCGACAAGUUGCCGAAACCGAAGAUGGGCGGUUUUGCGGUGGACAAACGAAGAGUAUCUGGUUUUGGGACUGUCAGCGGUUUAGGCUCCAUGUGGCAGAAAUAUGGGUUCCUCGACAACCAGCAUCUACCGUCAUCAAGUGUCUCAGAGGCUGAAGAAGGUUUGCCUCGAAGACGAGUUACAGGCGACUCGAUAGCAUCGACGUUGUCCUCAGAUGCGUCAGCUUCAGAAUCAGAAGCUGGAGACGAUGUCCCGAUGGAAGGACCGGCAGGGGAGUUCAUCGCUACGAAGGGACCUACUGAAUCUCCCGUGCUCAAUGAGGAGGGCGCAGAUAGCGACUCGACGAUUGGCGCUAGCCGCGGACCUACGCAACCGUCUGCUGAUACCCCAUCGUCCCCAAUCCAGGAACGGCGCAAUAGUCCGGAGGAAACCAUGCUUCCCCGCCUAUCUCGGCUUCCGCGGCGUACUGCUCAACAACCCACUGUUGCAGAUUUAGUCAAGCGGUACUCAGAAGUCCUCCCCCCAGAAGGUGUCCGUGAUCUUGCCAAGACAGCGUUAGCACCGCAUUAUCCUAUAUCUGAGAGUGAGCAGGAAUAUGCAUCCCGACCUUCGGCCAGACCACUCCCUCGCCAUCGUAAUCGACCCGUCAACAAGCCUGUGUUCCUCCGGAAAUCGUCUGUCUCUGAUUUUGAGUCGAGCUACGCGGCGAACAUUGCGCCCCGAUACUUGACUCCCGCUAGACGGCCGACUGGGACUCAGGCAAAUAGCCGUAUUCCUGGGCCUGCAGUCCCCUCUAUCGAGUCAACAUUGCCAUCACGACGAGCAUCGCCAGAUAAGCGUCCUUCAUUGACGCGUAAUGGAACAGAGGACACGAUCAAACGUACUCAAGCUGUAUCUCCGGUUGGUGAAACGGGGCUCAUCGCUGGUCCCUCUCAGAUCAUCAGAGUGAAAGGCAGUAAUCGCCCUUUUAUCAGAGAGAGAGGUGCUUCCCGGCCCUCCUCAGCUGCAGCCGGCAAGUCCACCCUGCGGAAGCAGCCCGUCGUUCCCGGAAGCAGAGUCUCUCAUAUCGCCAAGCAUUUCGAGCGCAUAACGAGGGAUCAGGAACGUGCAAACCGUCGAUAUGCGGUUAUCCGUGGCCGACGAGCCCGUCCAGUGGCUUCGUCCCGGGCCAGGGUCGAAAUUCUUGACAGCGUCAAAGACGCGAUCAACGAUGAGUUCGAGGCAUCCGAUUCUUCCAGUGAAGCGGAUGACGAAGGUGAAGGGGAUGAAGAAGGCGCACAGGCAACCGACGUUGUGUCCGGAUCUCCGUCCGCGUCUCCAUUCCCAAACAGCGAUUCACGACCGGGCGCCUCGACUUCCUUGGAUACGAUUAACGACGAUGUUCCCGUGCUAGGGAAGGCAGUUCAUCAAGAUCCUUCCCCAGUGGUAGUUCAAGAUCUCACGCCAAGCUUGGAUAUUUCAGUGUCUGCACCGUCAUCGCCAUUGCUUUCUGCGGCCAAUGCUACCAAAGUCCAGGGCCUGUCGACUCCACCUCAAUCCGACCUGGAGGUUAACCCGAACGGCGCAGAUCGCAAUUCUAUGCUACGUCAAGCGUUGUCAAGCCUCUGGCCAGCCCCUCUCUCACAUCAACGACAUCGCAUGGAUCUGGACGGGGAUGACCCUCUUGCCGAUCCUGAGCAUAUCUUCAGGGAUGCCUCCAUGGUGGUUCGCACGGAUGAACCCACUUCCAUCAUAGCUCUGGUUUUGAACUCCCCGCAAUAUCGCGAGAUGCUCACGAAAUCUCGAGCAGAGAAGAGGCAAGCCAGGGAACCCAAGGUGGCAGAUGGCAGCGGCGAAGCGUUUAUGCCGGAUGAUAGAUCCGUGGCAGAAUCUACAUCGACCUGGGGUGUGGUCAACGUCGACAGUUCCGACAGCGCGAAUCCAACGGAAGAGAUGCGAGUUCCAUCGUCGAAACUCCCAUGGGUUUUUACUUUUGAGAGCAGCGGAUUGGAGAUCAGUUGUACGGUUCUGUUCCCGGAGCAGUUCGAUGCGCUCAGGCGUACAUAUGACUGUGAGAAACGGAUGGUCGAAUCCCUCGCGCGCUGCGUUAAAUGGGAUGCCAGCGGGGGAAAGUCAGGUUCCGCCUUCUUGAAAACCAAAGACGACCGGUUCAUUGCAAAGGAACUGUCCAGGGCAGAGCUACAAGCUAUGGCAACCUUCGCUCCUGCAUACUUUGACUACAUGUCCUCAGCAGUGGUCGCCCAACGUCCCACCUUGCUUGCCAAAGUGUUUGGAUGCUAUAAGAUUACGUUCCGAAAAACACAAGACCAAUCGACGUCAAGGACGAGAUAUACGCAAAUGAAUUUGCUGGUUAUGGAAAACCUCUUCUAUGACCGACGCUUCUCGAAGGCACGCAUAUAUGACCUCAAAGGCUCCACUCGAAACCGUCGGGUUCAGUCAACAGGCCGUGAAAACGAAGUACUACUAGACGAGAACCUGGUUGAAAGCGCACACACCGCUCCAUUCUAUCUGAGAGAACAUUCCAAGCGCAUUCUAAGAGGAGCACUGUUCAACGACAGCAAAUUUCUGGCCGAUGUGAAUGUUAUGGACUACUCUCUUGUUGUCGGUGUGGACAGCGUUAACAACGAACUGGUCGUCGGAAUAGUUGAUUACAUCAGAACCUAUACGUGGGACAAGAAGUUGGAGAGUUGGGUAAAAGAUAGCGCUUUCCUUGGCGGAGGAGGCAGUCGGGGAGAACCAACUAUAAUCACGCCCAAGCAAUACAGGCAACGGUUCAUAAGUGCGAUGGAGCGCUACUUCCCGUUGGUCCCCGACCGUUGGAUGAAGCAGCAGGAUGCACCAGAAGAGGACAUAGGUUUAUCUGAGCUUUGGCCUGAUUGGUAAGGCAUGUGACAAGACACUGAGCAUUUCAUGGAGUUCCUAGGCAUUUGUAUUAUACCAGCACAUAACUUUACACCAUCCGUCUAAUAGACCCAUUGUCAAUCACAGCUUCCUGAUCCUUGCUGUUUCUUUGGCCACAAGGCUCUGCGUCUGCCGCUUGAUUUCUGCACCGAAUCUAUCCGUAUUCUGCUUCUUUUCUGCUCUUCGAGUUUGACGCUCUGCCUUGGCAGCUUGCUUCCUAGCUUUCUUGUCCUCUCUUGACUCAUUACGCGGUCUUGCGAUUGUAACGUACACUCGUCGAGCAGAGUCGUCGUCGUGCUCGCCCUCGGGCUUUUCGUUCUGCGCUUCGGUUUGUUUCAGCCCGACUUCUACCGAAGGCAACCCAGUGCGGCGGUCAAUGCGGAUGCGAGGUAUGACCUUUUCACUCCGGGCGCGUAUGAGCCGAGGAUGAUUCUCAAGGUUGCUAUAUGUGGAAAGGAUGGUUUCGCAGUCCCAUCGCUCCCUAAUGUCGUCGACGUCAACAGGUACUAGGAUAUCCUUUUCGUUGCCGUCGUCCCCAUCAUGGACACGAAUAUUGUUAUCGUGGCGCAUAGCCCGUCUGAACGUGUCUAACUUUUCUGCUGCGCUAUCCCCCUCGAGUUUUGGCUUCAUUUUACCGCCGAGGAUCUCGAAGUUGGCCAGAAACUGGUCCAUCAUUUUCUCAAAGUCCUCUCGAGAUGUGAUCAAGUCAGGUGCAUCAUCGUCCUCGUCGAAGUCCUCAUCUUCGCCGUCCUCGUCCGCAUAUUCUCGCUCGAGCUUGUCGAACCGGUCGUCAAGAGUUUGGAGGCCCUCGCUCCGAUACAGCGAAGCACUGCUCAUGCUAUAUCCCGAUGCGUCCGAUGCGCCUCGCCGUCGAUGCUUUCCCCCGAUGACGGCAAUCUGAGGUAGGACUCCGAUCGUAUCGCCACCCUCUGAAUGUUCGUCAUCCGAUCUGUCGUUCGAUGUCGCAUUUGCUUUCUGGAUCCACUUGAACUCAGCAAACCGUGCUUCCCAGCCGGGCUCCUCUUCCUCCUCGGUGCUCUCCACGGUUUGCGUCGAAGAGGAGGCAACAAAGCGAUCGUCGUCAAUCGUUCCGGCAUCGUCAAAAUCAUAAUCAAAUCGAUCCUCCGCGUUUCUUUCUCCAUCAUUAACGAGCUCUCCGAAGAAGUCGUCCUCCAAGCCAUCAUCCACGAACGCAUCGUCUUCAAGCGCCUCCAGGGCUUGUCGGAGGUGGGGAUCCAUGUCUGGCCGGAAACCAGCGAUAGACGAUGGGACUGCCUCCUGAGACUCGUAGUUGAGUGGAAGCUCAGUCGCCGAGGGCAGAACCUCCGCGGGCAAAUCCUUCAAGACGAUGGGAUCCCUCGCUUUGCCCUUGCCUUUGGUCGAGACAACUGGUGCCUCGACGAAGAAACUCUCCACACCGUCUUCCUUAUUUCCGACCUCUCGUAGAUGUUGCAUGUAAUCAUAGUCGGUAUCAUCGAAGUAGAUCCCAUGGGCUGCAGCUUCCCCUAUGUUCGCUCGCUCGAGAUCGUGUGCAAGGUCGGACGGAUUUAUCGUCCUCUCCAAUUCCGCACGAGAUUUCCCCUUCUUGGCAUUUUCCCGUUCGAACGCUUUGAGAACCUGCUGACUGGCGUCGGGAUCAUGGUAGAGUGGGUCUCGUUGCGAUCUAUGCACUAGCUGAAAGUGCUGCGCUCCAGGUUGCCUGAAGAUCGAUUGUUUAGGGGGCAUCGCAACUCGACCAGAAGAACAGCUCGAUAGAUUACAAGGGAUCGU